ACGCACGCCACCGUCACGCUACUCCGACGCAUGCGCAGUGGCGGCUCCGGGUGGAUUUCCGGGCGCUGCGAGGGAGGCUCCUUCCUUUCUGCUCGCGGGCGGCCAUCAUGGUGUUCAAACGCUUCGUCGAGAUCGGCAGAGUCGCCUUCAUUUCCUUCGGGCCUCAUGCUGGCAAGCUGGUGGCCAUUGUGGAUGUUAUUGACCAAAACAGGGCACUGGUUGAUGGCCCCUGCAGUGGUGUCAGGAGGCAGGCUAUGCCCUUCAAGUGCAUGCAGCUGACUGACUUUGUUCUCAAGUUCCCACACAGUGCUCGUCAGAAGUGUGUGCGACGUGCUUGGGAGAAGGAGAAUAUAAAUGAAAAAUGGGCAGCGACAAGAUGGGCAAAGAAGAUCGAAGCCCGAGAAAAGAAAGCCAAAAUGACCGACUUUGAUCGCUACAAGGUUAUGAAAGCAAAGAAAAUGAGAAACAGGAUCAUCAAGCAUGAAAUGAAGAAGCUCCAGAAGCUGGCUUCUCAAAAGGGCAAGAAGCCAGAGAAGGCGCCAAAGCCAGAGAAGGCAUCAAAGGCAGAAAAGGCGCCAAAGCCACAGAAGGCACAGAAGCAGGAGAAGGCGCAGAAGCAGGAGAAGGCGCAGAAGGCACAGAAAUAAAAUGAACUUCUAGUUGUGUA